UUUACUUAGAACUAUUAUCUGUAACGCUGUCUGAACUUACGGGAGUGGCCGUAUUACGAAACGCAUGGGAAAUACUUUCGCCAGGGACCCGGGAUACUUGACUAAAAACUUCACAUCAGAGGCAUCCGUGGACAAAAAAGCCGUUUCUUCUCAUCUUCACUGCUUGUCGUUUCCUCCAUGGCGUAUGCUGCCUAUUGGAUGAGCCUUCAGACAACCACUCCUGGAGAGCGGCAGAAAGAUGAUCUGACUCCACAAGCGGCUGUGGGCUCGAAGGCUCUGCCUGCUUUUGACUGCUGUCAUUGCUUUAAGAACGCACCCAAAGGUUACCAAGAGUUACCGAGUGAGUCGCACCCACCCGAGUUGUUCCACCCGAGUUCGCAGCCUAGACAGUACUCGCCCACUUCUGUGGCACAGGUCGCAGUGAAUCCAACACAAUUUGAGAGUGCAUCUGCCGCCACAACCAUGGCUACAAAGCCAGGGACGACAUCUGUCACAAUGACCGGAGCCACAGGAAGUGGUGUCAAAGCGGGAGGAAGUGUUGCCAUAGCAGGGACGACGCUGACAGGAGCGGUCAAAGGGGCAGAGGGUGUCCCCACCACACCAAGCAAGGCAGACGUGGUUAAACAGCAUCCAGCUAAGGUGGCUACGACAGUCACGGCUCCGGUCGGCCCCUCUGGUGUCGGCUCUCUGAAGGGGCCCGAGACCAAGGUACAGGUGGAAGUAGCUCCCCCAGGGGCUCAGACAGCCAAACAGGAGCUUGCGGACCCCUUCAAUGCCCUGGCUGAUUACUUGCCCUCGUCACAGCCCCUCAACCCCAAUGCCCCUGAAUACACCGGGCCAGAGGUCACAGAGCAUGUGGUGACCUCGUCCAAGUCUGUGAUAUGUGGGGGGGGCGAUGUCCCACUGCCUCCAGGAUACAGAUUUGAAAACACGGCCCCAGUUGCAGAUGUCAAGCCAAAAGAAGUACCGAAACCCAUAAGCACAGAUGAGGCUUUGGACUCACUCUCUUUUGGAUUUACGACCUCCAGUGCUCCCACCCCCCCAAAACAGGAGAAGAAAGCUGAACAGUUUGCUCCUGCCCCAGUGACCAAGUCUGCUGUUCCACCAGCUGACAAGAAAGCUAAGGUGGAAAAGAAAGCUGAACAGUUUGCUCCUGCCCCAGUGACCAAGUCUGCUGUUCCACCCGCUGACAAAACCGCUAAGGUGGAAAAGAAAGCUGAACAGUUUGCUCCUGCCCCAGUGACCAAGUCUGCUGUUCCACCCGCUGACAAAACCGCUAAGGUGGAAAAGAAAGCUGAACAUUUUGCUCCUGCUCCAGUGACCAGGUCUGCUGUUCCACCAGCUGACAAGAAAGCUAAGGUGGAAAAUGAUUUUGAUGACUUCUCUCUGAUAACUGGAUUGGAUUCUCCACUGGUCACCAAGCCAAAGACAGAUGAGGGUGGUUUCAUGUCUCUGGAUGCUCUUAGUGCUCUGGGAGAUACUCUAGGAGCUCCAGAACCAGUGCCUGAAUCACCCAAGAUCAGACCGGAGGACAUUGUCACGGAAGACCCGCUGGCAAAAACUAAAGGUGUGCUUGUAGGCGAGAGGGACGACACCCUCCCACCAGAAUACAGGUUCACAGAGGACAAAGUCAGAAACCUGCCUCCCCCCAAGCCAGAGCCCUCCAUGGACUCUGGUGAGGCUCUGGACAUCCUGUCAGGUGAUUUCAUGUCUCCCUCUGUGGCUCAUGGUGUCCAGGCUCCUAUCCUCUGCCCCCCAGCUCCUCCCACACAGGCUAAAGUGAAGGACUCUUCCCCCUUGUCUGGUGGCAUUGUGGCGUCUUCUACAGCCUCUACUGUCCAGGCCCCCAUGGUACCUCCACAAAACAAACCCACACAGGUCCCCUUCUGUACAAAGGAAGUCACCAAAAAGGCCCCUGUUCAAGCUGCACCCGUUCUGAUAUCCACUGCUGACCAGGACAUGUCUCUGGAUGCUCUGGAGGCUCUUGGAGACACUCUAGGAGCUCCAGAACCAGUGCCUGAAUCACCCAAGAUCAGACCGGAGGACAUCGUCACGGAAGACCCGCUGGCAAAAACUAAAGGUGUGCUUGUAGGUGAGAGGGAAUACACCCUCCCACCAGAAUACAGGUUCACAGAGGACAAAGUCAGAAACCUGCCUCCCCCCAAGCCAGAGCCCUCCAUGGACUCUGGUGAGGCUCUGGACAUCCUGUCAGGUGAUUUCAUGUCUCCCUCUGUGGCUCAUGGUGUCCAGGCUCCUAUCCUCUGCCCCCCAGCUCCUCCCACACAGGCUAAAGUGAAGGACUCUUCCCCCUUGUCUGGUGGCAUUGUGGCGUCUUCUACAGCCUCUACUGUCCAGGCCCCCAUGGUACCUCCACAAAACAAACCCCCACAGGCCAUUAGGCCCGUCUGUACAAAGGAAGUCACCAAAAAGGCCCCUGUUCAAGCUGCACCCGUUCUGAUAUCCACUGCUGACCAGGACAUGUCUCUGGAUGCUCUGGAGGCUCUUGGAGACACUCUAGGAGCUCCAGAACCAGUGCCUGAAUCACCCAAGAUCAGACCGGAGGACAUCGUCACGGAAGACCCGCUGGCAAAAACUAAAGGUGUGCUUGUAGGCGAGAGGGACGACACCCUCCCACCAGAAUACAGGUUCACAGAGGACAAAGUCAGAAAUCUGCCUCCCCUCAAGCCAGAGCCCUCCAUGGACUCUGGUGAGGCUCUGGACAUCCUGUCAGGUGAUUUCAUGUCUCCCUCUGUGGCUCAUGGUGUCCAGGCUCCUAUCCUCUGCCCCCCAGCUCCUCCCACACAGUCCUCAGGUGACUUUGCCCUUGAUGCCUUGGCGGGAGACUUUGCAGCCCCUUCGGUUGCCCCAACUGUCAAAUCUGCUGCCGAUCGCCAGCUUUCUACAGGGACGGCCGAUGCUCUGGAUGUCUUGUCAAAUACCCUAAUGGACCUUACUCCUGUUGUCCAGCCUGCAGCUCCUGUCGCAGCCAAAGACAUCGUCAAGGAGAAAAAAGUCACAGAGGAGAAGGUUAUCAAGAUGGGUGAGAGAGACGACAGCCUGCCACCUGAAUACCGGCCCACUAAGGAAGACAAAAAGGCAACGGCUGACGCCAAAGCCCGCAUUGAUGUGAGACCCAAGCAGCCAUCCAUGGAUGACAGCACUGCCCUGGACCUCUUGUCAAGCGACUUCUCUACACCUGCAGCUACCACCGCAGUAACCAAGACGACAGAGCAGAGACAGCCCAGUCAGGUGCCAAUGUCCGGCCCUGUCCUGGAUGACCUGUCGGACACUCUUCUCCCAGACAGCAUGACAUCCAAAGGAGGCAAACCAAAGAGCAAAAGCAAGUCAAAGUCCAAGUCCAAGAAACAGCGGGAGGACCCAGCCGCCCUAGACCACCUGUCUGGACAGCCGAGUUCAGAUGUAGUGCCAGCAUCUACAAACAAGGGUGGCAAAAGCUAGACCUCCAGGUUUCCAAGCGCACUACAUGUCCUUUGCCACACAGAGGCGCCAAUCGAAGGAGCUGCUGUGAACGAUGAUUCUGUUUUUCUAAAUGGUGUUGAACCUAUGCUGGAGGAGAAAUAAACAUGACCACACACUCCCACACUGACAACCACACACACAUUUGUGCGUGCACCCACCCACACACACACACACACACACUUUGCGCAAUGCCUUUUCUGCUUGGUUUCGCACAUGACAGGAGAUUGUACUUGUUUUGGUUUCUUUCUUUUUAAAUAAAGAGAGAAAAAUAAAUAAAUGAGUGAAAGAGAGAGAGAGAGAGAGAGAGAGAGAGAGAGAGAGAGAGUGGUGGGGGGAGAGAGUUUCUUGUAAAUGUUUUCCCAGUGAAGACCAUCUAUCCAAUCUUGUGAGGAAUGGAGAUAGGGUCGUUGCUCAUUGGUGGCUGGACUGACGGUCCUGACUCAGUUUGCAUUGACCCAACAGAACGUUGUGGUGAUAGUGAGUGUCAUCUGGGUUUAGGAACCACGUAUAUUAUGGGUGUAUAGGAUCGGGAUGUCUGUGCAAUCUUCUUGUACACAGAAAAAAAAAUCAAGUGGACAGCCUCUACAAGACACUAGUGUACAGCGUAUUCUGCUUAGUUUUACAAUAAUAACAUUUAGUUUACAAUAUGGAAACUUGUCGAAGGUUUUACAGGAAAUGAUCCGCUUGAUACGGCUGCAUCAGAGAGCUCACGCCGUUACACGUUUACUUUCUGAAAAGCAAUAUCUGUUAAGAAGGGUUUAUACAGUAUGCGUGUGAUUUGCCUCGUACAAGCAUGUGUUGGUUUCGGGAAAGUGCACUUAAGUUGACUUGGGAGGUCUCCAUCUAUGUAAACUGCCUUUCUUUGUAUACUGUAAAAACUUGCUCUAGAUAAGACAUCACUGUAUAAUUUACACAGUUGCAAGGGCCAUCACCUAAGAAGUCCCAAAACUUGUGUAUUAUUUUCUCAAGAUGUUAUCACAGAAUUCUAUAUAUUUAGGUGCAGGUCUCAAACUCAAAACUUUAGAGAUUUUGGAAAUGGGAAAUUGAUUUAAAUAAACAAAAGUGGACAAUU